AUGUGGGGUUGUGGAGUGACAGUCAGGGGAUCCCCUAUCCCCUGUAUGUCACCAUCAUUAACCCUCCCAUCCCCUGUGCAUCACCCCCCAUUAACUAUCCCCUGUGUGUCACCGUCAUUAACCCCCCAAUCCCCAGUGUGUCACACCAUUAACCCCCUAUCCCCAGUGUGUCACACCAUUAACCCCCAUCCCCUGUGUGUCACCCCCCCAUAGACCCCAUUAACCCCCCAUCCCCUGUGUAUCACCCCCAAUAAUCCCCAAUCCCAUGUGUAUCACCCCCAUUAACCCCCAUCCCAUGUGUAUUACCCCAUCCCUGUGUAUCACCCCAUAAACCCCCCACCCCAUGUGUAUCACCCCUAUUAACUCCCUGUGUGUCACCCUUAUUAACCCUGCAUCUCCCUUAUUUAACACCACAUUAGCCUACACUGUGAAUGUUACUACACAGUGAAAGCUGUGGUAUAGAAUUCUGAUAGAUGUACCAUGCGCAUGCGCUGUACACCUGUCAGAUUUCUAUAUUUGAAGGAGUACACCCAUCAGAUUUGUAUAUCAGUUUCCUAUAUCUGAAGGAUAUGCUGUGCGCAUGCGCAGUACACGCGUCAGAUUAGAGGCCCAGCUGAUCAUCGUCAUCGGAUCUAUCAGAAUUCUAUAUCUGAAGCCUGCUAGAUCUUGGGUCACUUCCAGUACAGAAAUCUGAUAGAUAUAGAUUUCUGAUAGAACACCAGCACUUUGGCUGUAAGAGCAUUUUGGGAGAUGUAGUCAAUAACAUCUGGUGUGCCAAAGGACAGUAUAAAUGUGGGUAUGUAGUUAUCAAUGAAUUAAUGCCAUGUUAGGCGCAAAGUGCUAGGUGGCUCUUUUUUAUCUGUUUUACAUUUAGGUUUUAUGCUCUCUCACACUCUGUAGUAUUGGAUGGAGGUUUGAAUAUUGUUUUGGGGCAAAUCAAUUACUAUGAGCUUAAUGAUUCAAGUUGGUUGUCAGCUGACUGUUUAGUUAAUGCACCAUAAUGCCAUUGCAAUAAGGCUCUUCAGAAACGGAAUGUUAAUGAUAUUAAAAAAAAAAAAAUGCUUCUUGGAAAUUAAAUUUUAUUAACAAACUAAAGAUUCCCAGAGAUAGGUGUCUAAAUAUGCAAUUACUGUAAGACAUUUCUGGUGUCUGGAGUGUUACUGUAGUUAUUAUCAGGCACCCCAAGAUCUGAGAUCAUGGUUAACACACAAUACAACUUUUAAGACAGCAAGCAACAUUUUGUAUUGCAUUACUUUGCCAUUGUCACAUAUAUUCCAUAUAUUAAAACACCUAUCUUCUCUUUAUAUUUUGUAGUUAUUUUUUUUCUUACUAACUUGUUUACUUAUUUUAAAAAAUAAAUAAAAUGUAGCUGUAGUGGUUUUUAAAUUUCUUCCAGCACUCAAUAGGUUAACCCAAACACUGACACAUAGCCAAUCCAGAGCUCUGCCAGUUCAACCAACCAGAAUCACUAGGACUCUGAGCAGGAAGUAGAAGAUAUUUUCCAUGUGUAGGCGUGAAGGGUGACUUGAAGUAACAGACCAUGUGAGUGAAACAGAACAGUUUUAUUAAACCUUGUUUUAUCACACGUGGUUAUCUCAUUACCAUGUAUCUACUAGAUACAGGGACACCUAUUGAAUACGGAUUACAUUAACUGGUUAGACUGCUAAUUUUCGGUGAUGAAUGAAUCCAUUGCUUCCUUAAACAAGUGUAAGACUAAUGAAUGAAUGUAUCAUUAAUAGAGGAAAGCCUUAUAUUGAGUUGACCAUGUGUGUAAAUAUUUAGAUGAGAGGCUUUGUAAUUCUGCAAAGACUCAGAGGUCAGUAGGCUGCAUGAUUAAUGUGAGUUUUGUGUGUGAAUAUAUAUAUUUACUCAUUUGUGCUGCCAGUUUCACCAAGUUUUCUUGGACACAUUUUACUUUCACAUGAUGGGCAGCAUAGAAAUGAAAUGUUGAGAAUGCACAAAUUAAAUCAAUAAUCAAAUCUUUGUACUUCCCACCAACAUGUAUUAGGAUUAUGUCUGUUUUCAAGAAAACAUUGUUAGAUCUGGAGACCCUAAAAUGAUACUCGUAAGCAUCAAAUAGCUUUAGCUUAACCCCUUAAGGACACAUGACAUGUGUGACAUGUCAUGAUUCCCUUUUAUUCCAGAAGUUUAGUCCUUAAUGGGUUAAAUAGACACAAUAGUCACCCAGACCACUUCAGCUCAAUGAAGUGGCCUGGGUGCCAGGUGCCUCAGGUUUUAACCCUUCACAUGUAAACAUAGCAGUUUCAGAGAAACUGCUAUGUUUACAUAGCAGGGUUAAUCCAACCUUUAGUGGCUGUCUUCCUGACAGCCUCUUGAGGCGCUUCUGCGACGCUGGAUGCAAAAUUUGCAUCCAGCGUGCAGAACGUCCACAAGAAAGCAUUGAGAAAUGCUUUCCUAUGGACUGUAAGAAUGUGUGCGCAGCUCUUGCCGCGCAUGCGCAUUCUGCUCCACUCGGGAGCUGACGGCGGCGGGGGAGGAGAGGUCACCAACGCCGAAGGAGCCUGGCGCUGGAUUAAGGUAAGCUGCUGAAGGGGUCGUGAGGGUCCCCCAAGGAUGACAUAGGGUCAGGAAAACAGGUUUGUUAUCCUAAAACUAUAGUGUACGGAAUACAAAUCUGUAUUCCUUACACUUUAGCUCCCUCUGUUCUACCCAGCAUGGAAAGUGUUAAUAAUUCUUUAUUUACAGCCACUAGAGGCAGUCUUAGUUCUGCAAUGUGAUUAUUAAGGGGAAAUGCUCACUGCACAAAGACUAGACCAAGUGAUCUUGUGAAACUGUUUUCGGGUAUGUACAGAGCCUGUAGCCCAGACUUUACACAAUGAUUUCUCGGGCUCUGUACAUCCGAUCACUUUGUAAAUCUGCAGGGAGCAUAGCUCGGACCAGGAGCUAUCCAGGGAUGUAGGGCAUGUGGAGAUGCAUUACGGUGUUCCGUGUAUUGUGUGGGGUUUUUGUCUGUCUGCUUCCUGUUCUUGGGAGAUACCAUUAUCUCCAAGACACAGCAACGCCGGGGCGGGCUUAUGUUUAACAUUACUGUGGAUGGAGACUGCAUGAGGGGGUCUGUGCAUAAAUACUGUGUAUCUGGCCUUCAAUAAACAGAUCCUGUCGUACCCUUCAUCAGGUCUUGGCUGAUGUUUGGGCAACCAAGAGCACUAAUCACUGCUUCACUUGGGAAAUUGGAGAAUCAGAACAGAUAUACUCAGUCGAAGUAUAGGGGAUCUGUUACAAAACACUUCUAUUGCAACUCUUGUGCUGUUUUUCACUAUUCACUUAUAUACAUGUCUUCAUUAUAGGCAGGCUGCCUUGGAGAUCACGGCUAAAUAUUGCCGAAAUGAAAUGGAGGAGUAUGGCCAGUGUGUUACCAGCAAACCAGGAACAUGGCAGCAGGAUUGCCACAUGCUUAAGUUUAAAGUGGCCAAGUGUACAUCAUCACAGUGAGUGCAGUUUAUUAAGUAAUAGCCAUUGUCUGACUUUUAUUGUGGGUUGUAGGUUAAAUACCAAAAUGACCAGUUUUAAAUACUUUGGAGGUAUACCCAUGAGUAACUGGGUUUUCACCGCCAAGGUUCCCCUUUCCCUUGUGUUCGUAGCCCAAAGUGAUUAAAGCUCCUUGCCGCUGUGUUCUAGCUGCCUCACCCACUAGCCAAGGUUGAAGAGCGAAUAACAACUGAUUUCACGGUCACAUGGUCACACUUUUAUACCUGGUGCCUCAACAGGAGGUCCUCAGGGAGAACUAACGAAUUGCGACUAAGUCCCCCUGAAGUCUAUUCAGGUUUUAGUUCAUGCGAACAAGAUGUCCGCCACCUCGUGGUCGUCCAUAGGAAUUGCGGCCACCCAGACGAACACUUAGCACACUGCGGUGGAAAUUGCUACAAAGUAGCAAUUAGGCUUAACAAGCUCCAGGGUCGUCUCCGGUCCGUGUGGCUGUUCAGUUCCCAAACCAACUUUAAAAUCCCACAAACCAACUCUGUUCAUAGUUUUGUAUUUUUUAAAGGGCCCACAGUCUUUUGGUAAGAGGCUGGCCAGCAGGCCCCUCCAAAAACACGUGACGAGGCUCAGUUCGUCACAGGUACCACUCUGGGUACAGGUGCUCUGUUACAAAUAGGACUAAACUAAGAAAAGAAUGCAGGCAAGGAGAGGUAAAAAAAAAACAUGAACUAGACACAGACAAGGGUCAGGAGUACAAGAAAAGAAAUGUAAAGAAGCCAGAAAAACGUAACGAUAAGUCAGACAAGAAUUGGGCUGGUACAUGCUUUGGAUAGUAAGACAAGCCAGGGACUGGAACACAAAAUCAUGCCUGUCCCAGAAGCUGUGACUGUGUUGUGUGUGCUCAGUUAUUUUUUUUAAAUGUUGAACUGGAUGAAAGCUAUUAAUUAUAUUUUGUAAAAGAUAUUGUGCAAUGUGUAUUGGUGUCCAGCAGGAAAUUAAUUUUAUCAUAUCUUGACCUAAUUAUGUUCCAGACACCAGAGAGUGGUUUGCAUUGUUCUGGCUAAAGUUGUGUGUAGGGCAAGCAUGUCAAACUCAAAGGCUAGCAAAAGCCAAAUAAACAAGGUUUAAGUUUAAGUGGGCCACAAAAAAAACAAAAAUGUACAUUUUCAUAGAAAUGUAGGUUUAUUUUGAAAAGUACAGUAUUAACAAAACAAAAAAAACAGCGACCCCCUCGUCUACUAAAUCACAGUCCCCCGUCUACUAAACCCCUGCCCCUGUUCUAACUUACACUCACUGACAGACCAACAGACACACACUAAUUGACAAACAGGCUCCCACACACACAGACUCACGUACAGAGUGAUGCCGGGAGCUGGAAUGUGACAUCAUAUUCCGACUCCCGGCAUCACUGCGGGAAGCUGAGCAGGGAGAGCUUACACUUAGCGCUUCCUUGCCGCAGCCCACGGGCCGCAAACAUACUAUUUGUAGCCUGCGGACCGCGAGUUAGACAUCCAUGGUGUAGGGGGAUAAAUGCAUAUGGUUUUCCCUGAAAUAAACACUUCUCUUGUUUUACCCAGUAUGACUGGUCACUAUAUUGGGGAAUUUUACAAGGUUCCAGAGAGCUAUUGUGGCAGAACCACUGCUUGUUCGGGUGCCUUCCACCUGUAUUGUGUGUUUGUUUGUUUGUUUUUUUCCCUACCUUCCGUAUAUUCUACCCCAUUCGGGAGCGUUCAUGUGAAAGGAACUCCUUCGACUCCCGAAUGAGGACCACCCCGAUAUCCCAUUUAGAACGCUAGUUAGAACGUUCAAGUAGAACAUUCUCACCUCUAACAUAGUUGCGAAACUGCAAGGGAAGUAAUUAUUGAGUUCUCCCCUGUGUGGUUGCCAUUUCAUAUAGAUGAACGCUAGCCAGGGGGAGCAUUCGUAGAUUGUUUUCCGACUCAUUCGUCCCCCGAACAAAAACCACCCCAGUGCCCCAUUAGAAUGUUCCCACCAAUUAAUUGGAACGUUCGCACCAGCAACAUAAGUGUGGAACCGCAAGGGAAGUAAUUGAGUGCUCCCCUGGGUGGCCACCAUUUUGUAUUGACGAACGCCAACCAGGGGGAGCAUUCUUACCCUGAAAGGAGAUGCUUGCCUUGCAGGUUUCAGCACAGGAACCUCGCGAAUAAAGAUCAGAGAAUGUGCCUUUGUGAGGUUGCCUAAGUAUGGUGGGGACACUUAGGGCACUGACUUUUCUGUGCCUGGGAGACAAAGGGAUGGUCUCUCUACCCGCACCUUGGCUUCCAGGCACAGAGGCUCAUGGGAUGAAGACCCCCCGUGGUAGAUCCCUCACCUGAGUGGAAGGCUUUACAUAUUUGGGAGAUGAAGGAACAGCAACCCCCCCAAGCAUAGAGGAUCCUGGGAUGCAACCCCUGUUUGUGUGUGUUGAAGACCCCUUGCAUGGGGCUAUGCAUAAAAGCUGUGUGUGGCAAUAAAAUUGUGUUGUACCUCCAGAGCUGUAUGUCAUCCAGUUACUGGGGGGAAAUGGGUCUCUUUAUAUUCUAAGUGGUUCUCGAGCGGCUGAAGGAAGCUAUUAGCGGAGGUAAACGGUAGGGUUACCCGGGGUCCGCUAAAGCUAUUAUCACUAUUCCUGUAGCUCAUAAUUACUGUAUACUGUAGCUGAGCCAAGGACCAGCUUAGGAAAGGAGAAGCGGUGACCAAGGGACACCCUGCUACCCAUGACCAGGCCAAAGGAAAAAAGGCCGGGUCAGGUAUACAAGGGGAGCAGAUCAGAACAUAGUCAGGAAAGCCAGGUCAAAAUAACAGUGAAAUAAGAACAGAAAAAAAUUACUAAGGAUACAGGAACCACUGAAAGGGCCCAGAGCAGCUAGAUAGCCCUCUCUAAAUAGGGACAUCCUAUACCUAAUGUCCCACCAAGGAGUGUUUUCCUGACACACAUAAACUUAAUAGGUCAAUUCUUCUCUGCAAUAAACACUCUUCCCUUCAACAACACACCUUACCUUCUCUGCAAGUCCACUUAACCAAGGUUCUUCUCUGACGUCUUGCUUCUUAUCAACGUCUGUAUUGUAUACUUACCCUACUCUAUACUCCUUGUCAGGGCUCAAAAUUUCCACUUGCCACUUUCCAUUGUCGAGUGCAACUAAGGCUUGGCAAGUAGACAUUCUCCUCUGAGUGUGCUAUUGAGCUCCAGCCUUGCAGUGGUGAGUAACUUUUGAGACCUGGCUAGUAAUAGAAAGCUGGAAAUAUUAAGCCCUGUUCAUUGUCUUUUAUUUUCUCCACAUUCAAGGCAUAGCAAUUGUAAAUCAUUUCUUCUAGAUUCUGUCCUCAUCUUACUGCAUGUGUAGGUAUACUCCUUAUACAAGCACAAUCCUUGAUACAUUUCUGUAAAUUGCAUUUUCUCCAAACAACAUUUUGUCUCAAGGUACAGUCCUCCUUGAUUGUAAACUCAUGGGCAAGGUUUUAUUUUAAUUUUGUUUGUGUCUAAUUAUGUAUUCCUGGUUUGUGUAAUUAACAUUUUUUUUUUAUCAUAAAUUGUAAAGCAUUUGGUAAACAGGAGCAAUAUAAAAUAACAAUUAGAUAAAUAAAUUCAGUGUUAAGCCAUUUUUGAGCGGUUUAACACUAAAUAAGGGUCCCUGUCCGCACAGACACACACACAGCCUGGCCUCUACUGGAGGUAUGGUUCAUGCAGAUAUUACUCACUUCCUUCUUUCCAUACCAGUUCAUACCAGCUAUGAAUGCUGUGAUAGGCUAAAAGCAGUUAAUACUCUCAAACAAUUACAGCCACCAAUCUCUGCUUCCUUAUUUGCCCGAGCAGCACAGAGUAGAUGGACUGCUGGGAUCAGUUUUGUAACAUUAAAACAUUAAAAAACGUUUAAUGCUGAAUGGAAAGACGGUGCCUGGGUACCUCAGAUACUCUAACCAUUACAAUGAGAUGAAAUAUAUUUUUAUAGCGUUAUUUUUCCUCCCGAUCAUCUCACAAAAGUAGUUUACAAUAUACUUCUUAUUAACUUACUAUUUGCUUUAAUUCAUGGUGAGAGCAUUAUAGCACUCCAAAAAUCAGGCUAAAAUAGCCAGGUCAAUAAAUUAGAACUUGCAUAAAAAUACAAAUUUGCUAUACACUACUUGGGAGCAUAAUUCAAAAACUAAAUUAUUUUUUUUAUUUCUUGGUCUACAUUUUGCAUUUCUCUAAAAUGUGCAAUUUCAUUCUAACUUCUGUCGCUCGCAAUUUAGUAAUUAAAAUCCCUUAUAGGGAUAUUCCCUGUCCAAUUUUAAUUCUACAAUAAGACUCAUUAGUAGGUGGAAUCUUGCCUACAUCGAGCGUGAAGUACCUUACCUUAAAAGGACCAAGAGGUUUUCUGUGCACAGUAUAAAAAUAACUAUUUGGCUAAAGUUAAUUUACUUUAUAUACCUGCUUAAAUUAAUGCGUUCUUACUGACCUUUUAUUGAAACUAUUUUCUAGAUGAUAAUGUAGCAGUAAUCCAGAGGGUGAGAAGUUGUGUUCCUUUUAUGAGACUGUGUAAAAUAAGCAGCAAAGAACUAUUAAUUUACCUCUUCAGCAGACACUUCCAGCCCAAGCGCCCUGAAAUCUGACCACCCGGUCGCAUAAGAUAGUCCUGCUAUCCUACAAAUCUCUACAUGAUCAGAGUCCAAGCUGUCUAAAAGAACUAUUGGUGUCCUAUAUCCCAACUCACACUCUUCGUGUACAUGCCUGGAAGCUAACUAUAAAAAAUUCAGCAAAAAUGUGGUUAACGUGCUUUUCACCCUACUGCUCCAAAUUUAUGAAGCACAUCCCCUAGCACAGUGAAAGAAGCCACUUCACUGGACAUUUUUAAACAAAGGCUCAAGGCCUACCUGUUUACACAAGCCUUUCUGGAAUAGAAUCCGUAACUUCUAAAUGCGUAAUAUAUAGCGUCUUGUCUAGAGCGCUACGAGUCCAAGGUGGAGAAAAGCUCUAUAUUUAAGUUGUUAUUAUUAUUAUUAUUAUUAUUAUUAUUACAAGUUAGCUAUGUUGUUAGUUUAGUUAUUUUGGCCUGAAAUGUAUCAUUUAUUUUGAAUUCCUUACAAUUCACAUUUUAGUGAAUAAACUAUACAUAGAAGUCUGUGUGGAUAUGUGUGUGGUUUAUAAAAAAUCAGCGACUCAAAUCCUGCUUGAUUUUUUUAUUUUUUAUUUUUUUUUUACAGAAUUUCACAGAUCUAGCAAAGGAAUUUUUUUUGUGUGUGUUCCAAUAAUCUGUCCAGUGAACUCCCAUUCUUGUUCACAAUAUCAGUUGACUUGCCAAGUAAUAUAUUUUCUUCCCUUCUUUGUCCCAGCUGCAUAUAAAUAUAGAAUCUGUUGCAUAUCUUUGAUACCCAGGUGGUACAGACAACUGAUCUAUUUAUUGUCUUUUUUUUUUUUUUUUGUUUCUUUCCAGCCCAGUUAUUCAGAGAAUCCGUACAGAGUGUUCUGAACCAUUUGUUGCUUUUGAGCAGUGUCUAAAGAAGAACCAGACAUCUGUAGAAAACUGCUCCACGCAUGUGACGGAGUUCUUGCGGUGUGCAGAGAGUGUCAAACUCACUGAAUAG